AUGGUAGCUGGCACGGGUGUUCACAUGGGUCCAUCUGUGUCUUACAGUGUGUCAGAACUCAGAACAACUGAACCUCCUAGUUAACACCAUGCUAUAAAAAAUACACACAACGUCCUCCACUUUCCACUUACGCUCCUUAAACCCCUUCUUCAAUCGCCGAAGGAAUCCACCUCUUCUCCCUUCAGCAACGUCGUGUUCUUGGUUUACUUCGGGGACAUCUUUUGAUGAAAAAUUGACGCAGUUACCGAGCAAUAUUGUUCGCAGGGAUCAUCAAGUUUUGUCAUUUUUCAACCCUUCAAGAAAUUUCGCGGAAACCAAACAAUGGGGUGUUGGAAUUCAGUGCAAAUGCUUUGGUUCUAUGGCUGGGUCGGUUCAAAGGAACCCCAGAUUCUCAAAGUUGAAUGAUGAUGAUGUUCGAUACUUUGAGGGAAUAUUGGGUACCAAAAAUGUUGUUCAAGAUGAGGGCAAGCUUGUCACUUCAAACACUGAUUGGAUGCAUAAGUACAAAGGCUCCAGUAAGCUAUUGUUACAACCUAGGACCGCUGACCAGGUUUCUCAGAUUCUUAAAUAUUGUAACUCCAGAAACUUGGCUGUUGUUCCCCAAGGUGGAAAUACUGGUCUUGUAGGAGUGAUUGUUUGUCUUAGUUCUAUGAAUAAGAUCAUAUAUUUCGACAAGAUUUUGUCGCAAAUUGAACCUUAUGUAUAUGAAUGGACAUCUGAGCGCCGAGGUAGUAUUAGCGCGGAGCAUGGUCUGGGACUAAUGAAAGCCAACGAAAUUUUCUACAGCAAAUCACGUGAAACUGUGCAAGUGAUGGCUUCAAUCAAGAAUAUGCUGGACCCUAAUCACAUACUCAACCCGUAUAAAGUUCUUCCUCACUCUCUCAUUUCAUAAUCUGAUGUGGAAAACUUGAUGUUGUAUUCAUAUCUUUGUUCACUUCCUUAAAAAAGGUGAGAAUGCUACUUCUUUACUUGCCGGUGACCUCACUCUUCUAAAAGUGUAUUGCUACAUUGUGAAUAAUAAAUAUAAAUAUUAGUGUAAUAAAUUGGUGACAAUUUUUUAUAAUCUCUG